AUUUUAGGGUUCUUGGGGGAAAGAAACGAGUUUAGGGUUCUUCGUGGGAUGGGCGCGAAGGGCUUCUCCUUCUGCGCCGUGUGCCGGAGGAAUCACGAGCAAGGGAGAGGUCACAGGUACACGGCAGGCCAUCGCAAUGCGCUGCAGAGCGUUCUUGGGAAGAUCCGGAUGAAAAUCGAGGGCCUCAGAGGAUUUCUUGGGAAUCCGCGAGACCAGGCGCCGUCGCAUCGCUUCUGGUGCUUGUUCUGCGAGGAAGAUGUCGCUGACAAUCAAGGCAGCAGCUCCAUUGCCUGCUCCAAUGCAAUUCACCAUCUUGCAAGCGCGGCCCACGUCUCAAAUGUGAAGAGGUUUUGGUGUGAGAAUGGCGCUGACGCCAACACCCGUCAUGACUUUUUCUUUUCGAGAAAGGAGAUCGCGGAUUGGGAAGCUGUUUGCGGUGAUGGAGCAUUGGCGGACAGCAGCAGCGUAGCUACAACACAAGGUGCCAUGGAGAAUAAUAUCCAUCAUGAACGGUUUCUGGCUGCAAAGAGCAGCCAAAGUCCCAGUGUUUGUGUUGAGCCUUUACAAAAAAUUUCCAAGGAUCAGACAUUGCAGGUUAACGGUGCUACAGCGCAUAGACACACAGUGGCAGCGUUUGGUGGAAAUCUUGCCACUGUCACUCCACGGCCGCUUGUGUCAAGCAAGGGAAACGUGCACUCUGGGGCCCCCCCGCCUUGGUUGUCUGACCUCCCGACUCACGGAAGUGACGACGGGUGUCCGAAGGGAAUUUCCAAACGUAAACGAAGAGAGAUGGAGCGGCUAGACAAGCGCGUUGGAGCGGCUUGGGCCAAUCGGCGAAAGGCACAGCUUGAGCGAGAUGCCGCACCGCGCAGAGAAGAAGCUGCGAACGAUUGGCUCCCGAGCUUUGGACGAGUUUGGCAGAACGGAUCGAGGAGGGACAGCCGUAAGGAGUUUGAGAUGGAGAAGAAGAAGCUGCGUGAAGAGACGACAAACUCCACGCCUCCUGCGGUGCAACCAUACGUUGGGAAGAGAAAGCAUUUACAAAUGGAAGCCGGAGGUGGGAAGCACGACUAAGUCACAUUGAGCUUCCCAAGAGAACAAGGGAUACAUCGCUCAUAAUACGGCAAUCAUACAGGAACUUAGCAGUCGACAUCAAUUUUGGUAUUCAUUUUUAUCGUUGUUGCAAAAGCGGUCGUAGUUUUUCUCGCUUUGACAUU